AUGUCACUUCAGUUACAGUCGCUAUUUUUAAGUUCAGUUAAUGACUACACUGAGCUUAUUUGUGAUGUCAAGCACACAAAUCCUGGUUUUGUGAUAAAAGUUCUGCAGAGAAAUAAAGUUAUAAUGUUUGAACCAUCAUUUAAUGCAUUUAGUGAAGCUCUUCAGAAUGUAUAUGAUACAAUGAUUACUGCUGUCAGUACGCUUCCAAGACUGGAAGAAGAACUUUAUGCAGACUGGGAAGGCAGAGAACUAGUUAUCAAGCCAGUAAUUCCUGAGGAUUACAUGCAGAAAGCAAAGAGUGCUAUUGCGAAUACAUUAGAAGAUGAGAGAAUAGGUCCAGAAAUGAGAGUCUCAGACUUUGAUGACUACAUACAUCUUCUAAAUGGAGAGUCACAAACAGAAGUUGAUGAAUUCUUAACUUCUCAACAUGAUUUUGAAGAAUAUACUGAAAUGGUUGUAAAAUUCCAUGAUCUCUCCCUUCAAAUUCCAUGUAAGACAAUGCAUGUUGUUACAAUGUCAAUGUAUGAAAUCCACCGAGAAGGCUUAAUACAUAAUUUGGUUAUGCAAUCACGAUCACAGAGAGAUCAGAUUUUGGCAAAAAUGGCAUCUUACUAUCAAGAGAUGUGUAAACAGUUAGGAGAGGAAUAUGAAAAAAUGUCAAAUGAAGCUUUGACAGCACCUGGUAAUACUGCUGAAUUGAUGGAAUACAUUGCAAAGGUCCGGGUUAUGGAAAGUCAGACUGAUUUUGAAAUGGAGGAACGAAUUCGUGAAGUAUGUCGCUACUUGCUUUUCCUUGUCGACUACACAACAUUCACACCUUUGGAAAUGGAACAGAAUGCCAUUACAUUUGAAUGGUUUAGGCGCAUGCCCAGUGUUUUUGAUGAGCAUCGUGCUAUUGUAGAACAAAAAACUUUGGAAUUCCAAGAGGCCCUUAAGACUAAAAUUAAAGCUUUUGAAGAGGACUUAGAGUUAUAUGACAAACGAGCAGAUGAAUUUGAAACAUUUGGAGAACUUGAUAAACUGCCAAAGUAUUUGAAGAAAGCCCAACGUUUAGAUGCACGUGUUCAGAAAGCUCUUGAGCAGAUUGAUCGUUUCAAUGAAGAAGAACAAGCAUUUGGUUGGGAAUUAUCCCAGUAUCCUCUACGAAAAAAGAUUGCUGACAAAUUAGCGCCUUAUAAGAAGCUGUAUGAAAAUGCUACAGAAUUUAUAGAAAAGCAUGAAUUAUGGAUGACAAGUAAAGUUGGUUCAUUCAAUCCUGAUGAUAUAGAUCAAGAGGUUUCAACUUUAUACAGAACAAUAUACAAAUUAGAAAAGCAGUUUGGAGAUGUUCCACCAGCAAAGGACCUGGCUAACACAGUACGUGUUCAAAUAGAAAAGUUUCGUGAAAACAUGCCAAUUAUACAGACUCUUGGAAAUCCUGGCAUGAAGGAACGUCACUGGGAAAAAGUGUCAGAGAUAGUUGGCUUUCCCAUAAAACCAGAUUUCGAACUCUCAUUAUCCAAAGUUAUAGAUUUUGGCCUAGAAGAUUUUAUCCCACGAUUUGAAGCUAUAAGUGAGUCUGCAACAAAAGAAAACAAUUUGGAGAGAGCUCUGGAGAAGAUGAAGAAAGAAUGGGCUGAUAUGGAGUUUGCAGCGAUUCCAUAUCGUGACAGUGGCACUCACAUUUUAUCAGCAGUUGAUGACAUUCAAGUUUUGCUGGAUGAUCAUAUUGUUAAAACACAGACUAUGAAGAGCUCACCAUACAUUAAGCCUUUUGAAGCUGAAAUACUACAGUGGGAAGGAAAACUGAUAUUGUUGCAGGAAAUAUUAGACGACUGGCUUAGAGUUCAGUGCACAUGGCUAUAUUUGGAGCCUAUUUUCUCUUCACCAGAUAUUCAAAGCCAGAUGCCUGAAGAAGGAAGAAAAUUCAGUGCCGUUGAUAAGAUAUGGCGUGAUAUAAUGAAAACAGUUUUGCUUGAUACAAAAGUGUUGGCUGUUAUUGAAAUUGAUAAAAUGUUAGAACGCUUAAAGAAAUGCAAUUCUUUAUUGGAGAUGAUACAGCGUGGACUAAAUGACUACUUGGAUAAGAAAAGAAUAUACUUCCCAAGAUUCUUUUUCUUGUCAAAUGAUGAACUGCUUGAAAUUCUGUCAGAAACAAAGGACCCAACAAGAGUCCAAGUUCAUCUGAAGAAGUGUUUUGAAGGAAUAGCAAAACUGCACUUUACAGAAGAAUUGGAUGUAACUUCUAUGAAAUCAAGUGAAGGGGAGGAGGUAGCCCUUGUUGAUGUAAUUUCCACAUCUCUAGCACGUGGACAAGUUGAGAAGUGGCUGUUGGAACUUGAGGGGGACAUGAAGAAAAGUGUUCACACGAAAGUGAAAGAAUCUUUGCUGGCAUAUCCAACAAAGAAGAGAGAUGAAUGGGUUCUGGAAUGGCCAGGUCAAACUGUAUUAGCUGUUUCAAUGACUUUCUGGACUUCAGAAGUACAUGAAGCAAUCAGGAAAGGUCCUAUGGGCCUCAGUCAAUAUCUUGAUAUGAGUAAUGAACAGAUAGACAGAAUAAUUGACUUAGUUAGAGGAAAACUGUCUUUGCAGAACAGGAUUACUCUAGGUGCUCUUGUGGUUUUGGAUGUCCAUGCUAGGGACGUGCUUGCAGGGAUUAUUGACAAGAAUGUUUUAAAAGAUGAUGACUUCCAGUGGUUAUGUCAACUUCGUUAUUAUUGGGAGGAGGGCCAGAUGGUUACUCGCAUGAUAAAUUCCCAGUUAAUGUAUGGCUAUGAAUACCUGGGCAACUCACCAAGGCUUGUUAUAACGCCACUCACUGAUAGAUGCUACAGGACACUGUUUGGUGCCUUACAUCUACAUUUAGGUGGUGCCCCAGAAGGUCCUGCAGGCACAGGAAAAACUGAAACAACAAAGGAUUUGGCCAAAGCUGUUGCAAAACAGUGUGUUGUAUUCAACUGCUCAGAUGGGCUUGAUUACCUUGCCUUAGGAAAAUUUUUUAAGGGACUAGCUUCUUGUGGAGCAUGGUCAUGUUUCGAUGAGUUCAAUCGAAUUGACCUUGAAGUAUUGUCUGUUGUUGCCCAACAGAUACUAACAAUACAGAGGGCAGUAAAUGCAGGUGUUGUGUCAUUAGUUUUUGAAGGAACUGAAAUAAAGUUGGAUCCAACUUGUGCUGUAUUUAUAACAAUGAAUCCAGGUUAUGCUGGACGAUCAGAACUGCCUGACAAUCUAAAGGCAUUGUUUCGAUCUGUAGCAAUGAUGGUUCCAGAUUAUGCUUUGAUUUCUGAAAUUGUUCUGUAUUCCUUUGGCUUUGUAAGUGCACGGCCUUUAGCAGUUAAAAUUGUGGCAACCUACAGGCUUUGUUCAGAGCAACUGUCAUCUCAGCAUCAUUAUGAUUAUGGGAUGCGAGCAGUGAAAUCUGUGUUAACUGCAGCUGGAAACUUAAAACUGAAAUAUCCACAAGAAUCAGAGGACAUUCUAAUGCUACGAUCAAUCAAGGAUGUUAAUUUGCCUAAGUUUCUUACACAUGAUCUUCCUUUAUUCCAGGGCAUUACUUCAGAUUUAUUUCCUGGUGUAGAACUUCCAGCACCAGAUUACACAAUUUUAAACAGAGAAGUUGAGACAGCUUGUGAAACACACAACAUACAGUGCACAGAACCUUUUCUUGAAAAGGUGCAGCAAAUAUAUGAAAUGAUGAUAGUACGACAUGGUUUCAUGAUAGUUGGUUUUCCAUUUGGUGGGAAAACUACAGCUUACCGCAUGUUAGCUGCUGGUCUAGCACUGAUUGAGGAAAAGGGUGAAAUGGAUGAACAUAAAGUAGAAAUAAUUGUGAUAAAUCCUAAAUCAAUACAAUUGGGCAGUAUUGGUCAGUUUGACCCAGUUUCCCAUGAGUGGUCUGAUGGUGUAUUGGCUGUUAGCUACAGACAAUUUGCAAUUUCUCCUAACUUGAACAGAAAAUGGCUGAUAUUUGAUGGACCAGUGGAUGCUGUCUGGAUUGAGAAUAUGAAUACUGUUCUAGACGAUAACAAAAAAUUAUGUCUGAUGUCAGGAGAAAUUAUUCAGUUAGCUCCUACUACAAACUUGAUCUUCGAACCUAUGGACCUUGAAGUAGCUUCACCAGCCACAGUUUCACGCUGUGGAAUGAUUUAUAUGGAACCUGUUACUCUUGGAUGGCAGCCCUUACUUAUGUCUUGGAUGAAUACACUUCCAUCAGGUCUACCUGAGCUACAUCGUGCAGUUGUAGCAGCACUUUUCAAUCGUUUCUGCCCACCGUUGCUUUACUUUGUUAGAAAAGGUGGAUACAGGGAAUUAUGUUCUACAUCAGAAUCAAACAUGGUCCGAGCAACAAUGAAUAUGUUUGAUUGCUUCAUUGAAGAUUUUAAGGAUGAAAAAUACAUGGAAGAAAUAUCACAUCUUAACAUGAGAGCUCAAUUAGAGGGAAUAUUUUUCUUCUCUAGUGUUUGGUCCUUGGGUGGCACACUUGGUUCCACAGGGCGUCUAAAGUUUGACUUGCUUUUUAGAGGUCUUUUAGCUAAGGAGUUUCCUGCAGAUUUGAAAACUGAUUUUGGGCUUCUGGAAGAUGUUCCACCACCAUUCAAACCAUAUAUUACUCUCAUUCCAUCAGAAGGUCUUGUGUAUGACUACAGAUACUUUAAGGAGGGCAUAGGGCGUUGGAGACCAUGGACAGAAGAACUUGAAACUGCUCCACCUAUUCCCCGAGAUAUACCAGUUAAUCAGAUAAUUGUGAUUACUGUUGAAACAAUACGAAACUCUGCUGUUCUUCAACUCUUAAUUACUCACCAGAAGCCAGCUAUGUUUGUUGGCCCAACAGGAACAGGAAAAUCUGCCUACAUAACAGACCUGUUGUUGCACAAAGUGGAUGGAAACGUUUACAAGCCAUUGUUUAUUAAUUUUUCUGCACAGACUACUGCAAAUCAGACUCAAGAUAUAAUUAUGAGUAAACUUGAUAAGCGAAAGAAAGGAGUGUUUGGGCCACCACUGGGCAAAAAACUUGUUGUAUUUGUUGAUGAUGUGAAUAUGCCUUUGAAAGAAACAUAUGGUGCCCAGCCUCCAAUAGAAAUUCUGAGACAGUGGCUGGACCAUUGGACAUGGUAUGACAGGAAGGAAAUAGUACCAAUGAAACUAAUUGAUGUCCAGAUAGUGUGUGCCAUGGGUCCAGCAACAGGUGGGGCUAACACAGUCACACCUCGAUUUCUUCGCCAUUUUAAUGUUCUCUGUAUUGAUGAAUUUGAUGAUUCGACAAUGUUGACAAUAUUCAGCAAAAUUAUGUUGUGGCAUCUCGACACAAGAGGUUUCAGUAAGGAAUUUGAUCCAUGUAUUACUGAAAUUGUUGGAGCAACACUUGAAAUAUAUAAACAGUCCCGAGCUAACUUACUGCCAACCCCAACAAAAUCUCAUUAUCUUUUCAACCUCAGGGAUUUUGCAAGAGUUAUUCAGGGUGUCCUUUUAUCUGUGCCUGAAGCAACAGAAGAUCUGCUUUCAAUGAAGCGAUUGUGGGUCCAUGAGGUGCUCCGGGUUUACUAUGACAGAUUGGUGGAUGAUGCUGACAGAGACUGGAUUUUUGAUACCUUACAUGAUGUUGUAGCUGAACAUCUGAAUGAAGACCUUGAUAAAAUGUUUAAGCACCUGCUACCAAAAGGACAAAAAAGGGUUGGUGAAAGCGAAUUAAGAAAUCUUAUUUACUGUGAUUUUGCAAAUCCUAAAGCAGACUCAAGAAAUUACCUUGAGGUUUUAGAUUUAGAUCACUUGCGCUCAGUAUGUGAAGGAUAUCUUGCAGAAUUCAACAACAUGUCAAAGAAGCCUAUGAAUCUUGUUCUCUUCAGGUUUGCAAUAGAACAUCUUUCUCGUUUGUGUCGUAUUUUAAAACAGCCUCGCAGCCAUGGUCUGUUAGUUGGUGUUGGAGGCUCUGGGAGGCAGUCCCUUACACGUCUCGCAUCUCAUAUAUCUGAGUAUGAGCUGUUUCAGGUUGAAAUAACAAAAUUAUAUGGGAUGACAGAAUGGCAUGAAGACAUAAAAACAAUUUUGAAACGGACGUGUUCUUCUGAUCAGCAUGUUGUAUUUCUGUUCACAGACUCUCAGAUCAAAGAAGAGUCCUUUCUUGAAGAUCUCAGCAACCUUCUGAAUUCUGGAGAAGUUCCAAAUAUAUUUCCAACAGAUGAAAAAGCAGAUAUUUGUGAAAAAAUGCGAGUAUUUGAUCGUCAACGGGAUAAAUCUGUUCAGACCGAUGGCAGUCCAGUGGCACUAUUCAACCUUUUUGUACAAAUUGUAAGAGACCAGCUGCACAUUGUUCUUGCAAUGAGCCCAAUUGGUGAUGGAUUUAGAAAUAGCAUUAGAAAGUUUCCAGCAAUAAUUAACUGCUGCACCAUUGACUGGUUCCAGUCAUGGCCUGAGGAUGCUUUGCUUGCUGUUGCAACCCGUUUCUUGUCUGAGGUUCAGUUAGGUGAUGAAGAGAGAAAAGCAUGUAUUGAUAUGUGUCAAGAAUUCCAUACAUCUACUCAGGAUCUGUCAACUGAGUUCUUCUUGCGCCUGCGGAGGCACAGUUAUGUUACACCUACUUCAUAUCUUGAAAUGAUUAAUACUUUCAAGGAGCUAUUAUCAAAAAAGCGAGAAGAAGUUCUGAAAGGAAAGCAUCGAUAUGAAGCUGGAAUAGAGAAGCUAGAUCAUGCUGCUGAACAGGUAUCAGUGAUGCAAGAAGAACUUACGGCUCUGAAACCAAAGCUUGUUGCUGCUGCUGAGCAAGUGGAAGCUAUGAUGCAGACUGUACAAAAGGAGUCUGCUGAUGUAGCUGAGGUUGAAAAAGUGGUGAAAGCUGAAGAAGAAGUUGCAAACCAGCAAGCAGCUGCAGCUCAAGAAAUUAAAGAUGAAUGUGACAGCAGAUUAGCUGAAGCAAUGCCAAUACUCGAAGCAGCACUGGCUGCUUUGAACACACUAACAGCAGCUGAUAUUACUAUUGUAAAAACAAUGAAGAGUCCUCCAAAAGGAGUGAAAUUGGUGAUGGAAGCUAUCUGCAUUCUCAAGGAUGUAAAACCUGAUCGUAUACGUGAUCCAAGUGGAAGGAUGAUAGAAGAUUACUGGCCUCCAUCAAAACGUGUACUUGGUGACAUAAAAUUCUUGGAAAGUUUAGUAACAUUUGAUAAAGAUAAUAUUCCAGAGAAGGUUAUGAAACAGCUUACUGCUAGAAUAUUGACUGAUGAAAAUUUUGAUCCAGAUAAAAUAAGAAGUGCAUCAACAGCUGCAGAAGGACUUUGCAAGUGGGUGAUAGCAAUAUCAAAGUAUGAUAAAGUAGCAAAAGUAGUUAACCCAAAGAAACUUCUGCUGGCAGAGGCAGAAGCAGAAUUUGCUUGUGCAAUGGCCGCUUUGGAAGUGAAACGUACACAAUUGCGUGAAGUUCAAGCAAAACUUGCUCAUCUCGAAAAAGUUUUGGAGGAUAACAAAAAUAGGUAUACUAUACUGCAAAAUGACGCUGAUUUGUGUGCGAAGAAGUUGCAGCGAGCAGAGGAACUGAUUGGUGGAUUAGGUGGUGAGAGGAAUCGAUGGUCCAAUACAGCUCAUAUGUUGGGGGAGAAGUACUACACUUUAACAGGUGAUGUCCUUAUUGCAUCUGGUGUUGUAGCCUAUCUUGGGCCAUUCACCAUGCAGUUCCGAGCACAACAGAUUACUAGUUGGGUGAACAAAGUGGAGAAACUAGGUAUUACAUGCUCACAUGAUUUUGCUCUAACUGCUGUGCUUGGUGAACCAGUUGAAAUACGAGCAUGGAACAUAUGUGGGCUUCCCACUGACACAUUUUCUGUUGAUAAUGGAAUUAUUAUAAAAAAUGCCAGAAGGUUUGCUCUCAUGAUUGAUCCUCAAGGUCAGGCAAAUAAGUGGGUGAAAAAUAUGGAGGAACCAAAUCGUCUGAGUGUUAUUAGAUUAAGUAAUGCUGAUUAUGUCAGAGUAUUAGAGAAUGCUAUCAGAUUUGGACAGCCAGUGCUUCUUGAGAACAUAGGUGAAGAAAUAGAUGCUGUGCUGGAGCCAGUGUUACUGAGACAGACAUUUAAGCAAGGAGGUGCACUCUGCAUAAAAUUAGGUGAUUCUGUUGUUGAAUACUCAAUGGAUUUCAGAUUCUAUAUAACAACUAAACUGAGGAAUCCUCAUUAUCUGCCAGAAAUUGCUGUGAAAGUAACUCUAGUAAAUUUUAUGAUUACACCUGCUGGUCUGCAAGAUCAGCUAUUAGGCAUUGUAGUGGCGAAAGAAUUGCCUGCCUUAGAAGAGGAAAAGAAUCAGCUAAUUGUACAGGGUGCUGAAAAUAAAAGGAUGCUGAAAGAAAUAGAAGACAAAAUUCUUCAUGUGUUAUCUGCAUCAGAAGGAAAUAUCUUGGAAGAUGAAACAGCUAUUCAGGUAAUAAGUUCUUCAAAAGUAUUGGCCAAUGAAAUUCAAGAGAAGCAGGCAGUGGCUGAAGUAACAGAGAAAACUAUUGACAAAGCUCGUUUGGAGUACACACCUAUAGCUGUUCACUCUACAGUUUUGUUCUUCAGUAUAGUUGACUUAGAUAACAUAAAUCCAAUGUACCAGUAUUCUCUGAUAUGGUUUGUCAAUUUGUUCAAAGUAGCAAUUGAUAACACAGAAAAAGAGUUUGAAAUAGAAAAAUGGCUUGCGUCACUCACUAGAAAUUUUACAUAUUCACUGUAUGUUAAUAUAUGCCGCAGUCUCUUUGAGAAGGACAAACUGCUAUUCUCACUCUUAUUAACUGUGAAUUUGCUUCGAAACAAAAAUGAGUUGGACAAUGCAGAAUGGAUGUUUUUUCUCACUGGUGGUGUGGGAUUGGACAACCCCUAUCCAAAUCCUGCUAAGUGGCUUCCACAGAAAUCAUGGGAUGAGCUGUGUAGACUUAAUGAUCUCCCAAACUUUAAGGGCGUUCGAGUUGAUUUUGUGGACAGCAUUGAUAAAUGGAAAAGAGUAUUUGAUGAUCCAGAACCACAUAAUUGCCCAUUGCCAAAACCUUGGAAUGACAAAUUGAGUAAUUUCCAGAAAAUGUUGAUCUUCCGGUGCAUUCGAUCAGAUAAAGUGGUGCCUGCUGUCCAUAGAUUCGUCCUUGAGAAUCUAGGAAAAGAGUUUGUUGAACCUCCGCCUUUUGAUCUGACGUCAUCUUACUGUGAUUCACACUGCUGCAUACCAUUAAUAUUUAUCUUAACACCGGGAGCAGAUCCUACUGCUGUUCUACUUAAGUUUGCAGAUGAUCAGGGAUUUGGUGGAAGCCGGCUGGCCUCUUUAUCCUUAGGGCAAGGACAAGGUCCGAUUGCCUUGCAGUUAAUAGAGGAAGCUUCAAAGAACGGUAGCUGGGUACUGCUACAAAACUGUCACCUUGCCAAAAGUUUCAUGCCAUCUUUGGAAAAGGUUUGUGAAAGCUUUACACCUGAAACGACACACCCGGAUUUUCGAAUGUGGUUAACAUCUUAUCCUGCGGAUCACUUUCCAGUCACAGUGCUGCAGAAUGGUGUCAAAAUGACAAACGAGCCUCCAAAGGGUUUGAGAGCCAAUAUAUUAAGGUCAUACUUGAGUGAUCCAAUAUCUGAUCCAGACUUCUUCGAAAGCUGCAAUCAGCCAUUGAAUUUUAAGCGACUCCUUUUUGGAUUAUGCUUCUUCCAUGCACUGACACAAGAAAGGAGAAAAUUUGGUCCUCUUGGAUGGAAUAUACCAUAUGAAUUUAAUGAGACUGAUCUUCGUAUCAGUGUGAGACAACUGCACAUGUUCUUAAAUCAAUAUGAGGAUGUGCAGUUUGAUGCUCUUCGUUACUUAACUGGAGAAUGCAAUUAUGGGGGUCGUGUUACCGAUGACUGGGAUCGACGAUGUCUCAACACUAUUCUUGCCAAGUUUUACUGCAAAGAACUUCUUGAAGAAGAUUUUUAUCCAUUUGACCCAACAGGAAAAUACUAUGCUCCAAAAGAAACAACCUAUGAAGCAUAUUUAAACUAUACACGGUCCUUACCUCUAAUUACACACCCAGAAGUUUUUGGAAUGAAUGAAAAUGCAGAUAUUAUGAAAGAUCAACAGGAGACUGAUCUUCUCCUCAGCAGCAUGCUCCUAACCCAGGACAGAAUUGAUCUAGUACUUAAGGACACAUUAGGGGGAGACACAGGAGCUAAAUCCCCUGAUGAAAUAGUACUUGAUGUAUCAGGAGACAUUCUAAAUAAACUUCCUGAAAACUAUGACAUAGAAGCUGGAAUGCGGAAAUAUCCAGUUUCUUACAACCAAUCAAUGAACACUGUGCUUGUACAAGAAAUGGGACGUUUUAACCUUCUACUAAGCUGCAUUAGAUCAAGUCUGCGAAAUGUCCAGAAAGCAAUAAAAGGUUUGAUUGUAAUGUCUUUUGAACUGGAAGAAGUAGUGUCUAGUAUUCUAACUGGCAGAGUUCCAGGUUUGUGGCAGAAGCAUUCUUAUCCAUCUCUUAAGCCGCUUGGAAGUUAUGUCAAUGACUUUCUAGCUAGGCUGCAGUUUCUGCAGAAAUGGUUCGAUGAAGGGCCACCACCUGUCUUCUGGGUUUCUGGAUUUUUCUUUACACAGGCAUUCUUGACUGGUGCACAACAAAAUUAUGCUCGAAAAUAUUCCAUUCCCAUUGAUCUGCUAAUAUUUGAUUUUGAGAUGAUGUCAGAGGAGACAUACGAUACUCCACCAGAUGAUGGGGUUUAUAUUGAUGGACUUUUUCUCGAUGGAGCAAGGUGGAAUAAGGAAAUUCAUUCCCUUGAUGAAUCAGAGCCUAAAAUACUCUACAGUGUUGUGCCUGUUAUAUGGCUCAAACCUAUAGAGAAGUCUGAAUUUGUGCCAGGUGAGACAUACACUUGUCCUGUAUACAAAACUUCAGAGAGACGUGGUGUGCUAUCUACAACAGGUCACUCAACAAACUUUGUGAUAGCUAUGCUAUUACCAACUUCUAAACCACCCGAGCAUUGGAUAUUAAGAGGUGUAGCAAUGUUAUGUCAGCUGUCACAGUAGCAAAAGAGCUUUUGUUCUUCAUUUUGUGUGUUU